GGGAGUGUGACCACAAUAAGUUCAUGAGUGUCCUGGACACCAGCAAGGAUUGCGAGGUGGACUUUGUGGAGUACACGUGCCUGCUUGCCUGCCCCUGCGCCUGCUGCCAUCCUGACUGCCGGCAUGGCGUGCCCCCUGGAGAAGGCCCUCGAUGUGAUGGUGUCCACCUUCCACAAGUACUCAGGCAAGGAGGGUGACAAGUUCAAGCUCAACAAGUCUGAGCUGAAGGAGCUGUUGACCCGGGAGCUGCCCAGCUUCUUGGGGAAAAAGACAGAUGAAGCUGCAUUCCAGAAGCUGAUGAGCAACCUAGACAGCAACAAGGACAACGAGGUGGACUUCCAGGAGUACUGCGUCUUCCUGUCCUGCAUCGCCAUGAUGUGCAACGAGUUCUUCGAAGGCUGCCCUGAUAAGCAACCCCGGAAGAAAUGAAGUCUCCUCAGAUGUGCGGGGUGGGGCCUGCCGGCUGGGGUCUUCCCUGUUGGCGGUGGGCACAGAGCCUCACACUGGCUCCUCCAGAU